AUGGGCCCCGUCGGCAUGCAGGUGCUGCUUGCCGCGCUCGUCUUCGGGGCGGCGGCGUGGCCAGGCGACGACGGCUUUCUGUACGUCUCCGGAGGCCCAGGCGAGCUGAGCACGACCUACAAGAUAGAGAGGGCGGGGCCGCCUGGCGCCGCCGUCGUGGAGGAGGGAGACAGCGUCUCCAUGCACGCGGUGGGCAGGUCGGCGGACGAGCUCGCCGAGCCGUGCUUGCAGAGGUCGGCGAACGCCCACGAGGUCGAGACCCUGAGCCCAUCGCUGCCAGCCGCCACCCUGCGCAGGGUGCGCAUCGUCCCGCGCCGGAACCAGAUCAGGGCCAUCGACGAGGGAGACGAUAAGUUCGACAUAAUCAUGUCUUCGCUGCAAGGGAUGUCAGUCCAAGUUGCUUCCUCGGCCAAUGACCUUUCCAAGGUUAAGUCCCAGAUGGAGCUCACCCAGAUGCGUUGUGACCAGCUUACCACUCAUAUGACCACGAUGGGCAACGACAUUCAUUCGCGAUUCUGCCAGCUUGAAGGGGAGCACAGUUUGGCAUGCCCAUCGCUGCAGGAACGCAUGACGUUUGUCGAGAGAUUGGUUUCCGAGAUGGACAGCACCCCGACCCCGCACUCCUCAUCGGACACGCCGAUGGACGCCUCGGUCCAGGAUAAGAUCCAGGCCAUCGAGGCCAGGAUCGAGCAGCUCUCGAGGCCACCGUCUGACGCUCGCUCGUCUGCCAGUGAUCCAUCUUUGGCAACGGAGCGGAGCCAAGAGAACAACGCAAAGUUGCUCAUGCUUGGGUUUCCUCGGAGGGUGCUCGCGACCACGUUACGUAGUGUUGGUGAGGCCGCCCGUCAGCAGUUCGCCCCGACACACACCUACCAGAAGAUCACGAUCAAGGCCUUCGACCUCGCGCGCAAGGUGGCUCUCCACUUCGAGUCGGCCUCUGCUGCGAGUGAUUUCUUGACCCAGUUUGGGUCUGCGGGAGUUCUCACUCACCCCGACCCUCUUUCGUCUACGCCAUUGUCGCUCCGCAUCCGCCGCGACAUCGACGCGAAGCAUCGGCAGCUCUUCCUAUCCAUGGGCAAAGUUAGGGCGGCCAUGCCGGACCUUCUCAGGACUCGCGGCUACGAGGUCAACAGCAACGGCCUUGGCGGAUGCAUCUACACGCUAAAGCAGGCUAGUGACCCCAUCAUUUUGGCGCAGCUGCGCACGUCCGAGGAUGGUGCUAAGGUUGAGAUGGAGCUCGAGCUGGACGCCCUCCGCGAGUUCGGCAUCUCCCAGCGCGCUGACGCUUUCCGCGGUGCGGCCUCUGUCCAGCUUCGGACGCCCUUUCGGCGCUGA